AUGCCUACCAUGAACGAAUCGUCGUAUUUUCUUCCCGUGAACAAAGUCGAGGCUGAAAGGCUGAUGAUGCAGCAUACUGUCCUGAUAGAUGCCCUGGGAGGUCGCCUCGUGUGUGCUCCGAUUGAUCUCUCGAAACCAGGUCUCAAAAUCCUCGACUCCGGAACCGCAGAUGACACCAGUUUCUAUAUCCAUAACAUAUCCAAACCAUGGCCAGAAACAGAAUUGGGAACCUUCGAUCUAGUCCAUCAACGUCUCACGCUCCCGGGUGGCGCUCCAACUCCACUUGCCACAAUUGUCAGACAAUUGUUUGAUCUUGUGAAGCCAGGCGGUUGGAUACAGCUGGUUGAGGCAGAGCAAACCGGGCCGGAUGCAGGAUCGGUAUUCCAUGAGUUCCUAGGCCUUGUGAGGGCUUUAUUUGAUGCGACAGGUGCUGGCUGGCACUAUGCAGAUAAUUUGAAGCAGUGGCUUGAAGAUGCGGGGGCUGUGGAUGUACACGACAUGACUGUGAAUAUGGGGUUCGGCAAGAAGAACGAAAACCCAGACUUAGCUGCAGGAAGUGCGAGAUGUACCGCACAAGCGAUGGAGGGGUUGGUCAUGCACGCAAAAAGUAUGGACGCAACAUAA